AUGGCAAACACCACACAGCCAUCUGCCCCUGGCGCAGAUGAAAUCAUGCGCCAGGCAGUACAACGAUUCCGCACCAAAAUGGAGUCCUCGAACCGGCAGUUCCUCCAAGACCGCAUCGACGAGAUCGAAGCCAUGAACCCCCCUACCGAAGAAGAAAAACUGGAAAAGAUGCGCCCCUACUGGCGCACUAAUUUAGGAAUCAAAGGCGAGACUUCUUGGAAUCACUGCGUCCCUGUAGGUCCAGCCCGCCAAUCUCGCGAGGAGAGAAAUGUCACUCGAUUGGCGGACGUUAAAACGCAAUACCACCAGUACAUGGAUGGCGUCCAGCCCCCAACACUGGUAUCAGAGGAGUGGCGUCAGAUGUAUCUCGAGACUGUCCAAAGCGUGUGUAACGAGGCGGCCUUUCGCGACGAGGAGGACGAGGAGUUCGAAAUCCCGCUUUGCCAUGAGCUGGGUUCCUUUAUCAAGUAUGCCGAUGGUGUCCAAGAUCCAGACUUCCGGCGCUCAGGCAUCGCUCCUUUCGGGCCUGUUUUUGUAUCAGAGACCACGGACUAUGCCUUUAAGGAUCACCCGGCGGUCCUUGCAUUGCCACCCCCUGAUAUCAACGAGGGCCGAGAAGCGCUGAAAGAUUAUCUGCAAUAUUUCCUCUGCGACGAAAACUUCGUUGGGGGGAUUGUCGAUGAAGACUUGGAGGUGAGAGUCGGUUUCAGAACCGGGACUGGCUGCCGGUGCGGACACGAUAAAUGGCACAGCGCCUAUCUCUACUGUCGCCGGUUCGUGGAGGACCCUGAUCCAAGCCACAAGGACUGGGCGUGGCGGGUGGUUGUUUUCCACGCCGACGGCGAGAAUCCCACUAUGCUAAACGGGCGGUACCCAAGAUUCGAUUCCAUCCCUGAGUUUCUGGAAUGGUAUAGUAGCUGGCUGGAACACGCGGAUCUAGAUCAAAUUCGGAAGGACGUCAUGAAACCGGAGUAUGAUAGCGAUGAGGACUGGUAG